AUGACGACCUUCCAGCCAACCGAUUUUACUCUCUUCCCUCACCCCAAGAUGAUGGCCGAAGCUAGAGUCAAACAGCCCUACUUCGACAUGAACUUGGACCCUGGCAACAUGUUUUCAUACCCCAUGGAUAAUAUGGCCCACUACGGACAAGACCUCUCCCGUCUCCCCCAAUCCUAUUACGAUACAUCUUUUGAGUCCACGGAGCUUCAAAAAGCGACCCAUUUCGCAUCUAUGCCCACAACACCUCCUUCUAUCUCCGCAUCCCAUUCUACCGAACUUCAUAUUCCCACUGGCUCUGCUGCCUCGGGACCUUCUAUCGCUAGUGCAUCCUCCUCGGCAAUGGGAUCCCCGUAUUCAGGUACUGCUCACACUUUUCAUGACAAGUGGGUGAAUACAAAUCACGGAUUAGGGUUGCCAGCUGCGGUGAUGAAUGAUAUGUUCCCACAGGAGUACAUGGGAGGCACAGUAGAUAUGGAAAUGCUCUACCAAGAAAAGUUCCCGGACACGUUUGUCGAUCCCUCAUUGAUCCAGCCUGUGCAAUCGGGCCCUGGGGCCACCCCGACUAUCGCCUAUCCCAACCAGCCUACCUCUUCUUAUUCUGAUGUGCCACCAAACUACCUUGCCCACUCUCCCGCAACCUCACCUAUUCCUUAUAAUGACAUUCCAGAGCACCAAUCUCCACGCUCACACCCAAUGCAACACGCUGGUCACUCCCCCCUCAUGGUUCCACAGACGCACUCGCGCCCAGUCUCGGUCUAUGAUCGACGAUCGUCCAUCUCCUCUAUCCAAUCCCGCCGCUCGCAACACAGCCCAGCACUGAGCAGCGUGGAAACAGAUGAGGACAUCAAAGAAAAAGGACGAUGCUCAUAUCCAGACUGUGGUCGAGUCUUCAAAGACCUUAAAGCUCACAUGUUGACUCACAUGCCUGAGCGGCCAGAAAAGUGCCCGAUCAUGACUUGCGAGUACCACAUCAAGGGCUUCGCCCGCAAAUACGACAAAAAUCGCCACACCCUUACCCACUAUAAGGGAACAAUGGUCUGCGGAUUCUGCCCGGGCUCCGGCUCGCCAGCCGAGAAGAGCUUCAACCGAGCCGAUGUCUUCAAGCGCCACCUGACUUCGGUUCACGGCGUUGAACAAACUCCACCCAAUUGCCGCAAGCGCAGCCCCGGUGCAGCAUCAAAGAAGGGCACGAACUACAGCCCCGACGCAACAGGCAAGUGCUCAACCUGUACAUCAACCUUCAGCAACGCCCAGGACUUCUACGAGCAUUUGGACGACUGUGUUCUCCGCGUCGUUCAACAAGAAGAGCCAUCAGAAGCAAUCAACCAGCAGCGUCUAGCAGAAGUCGCCUCCGAUGAAGAAGUCAAGAAAACAAUGGAGAAGCACCAGCUCUUAGACAUCAACGUCAACUACGAAGACUACGAAGACCUCGAUGAAGAAGACUACGAGGCAAACUGGAGUGGGAUCAAAAAAUCCAAGAAAAGCAUCCCUGCCUCCCGCCCAAUCAUCGGCUCCGGCGCAAUCACAAAAAACACAAAGCCACGCGCUGUCGCAACUCGCCGCCGCAACAACCGUGGCAACUACCCCAAUUCCUGGGGCUGCCCCAGUAGCACCAUGAAGACCAAAAAGCGCGUACUAUGUGUCUUUGACGGCCAGCGCCGUCUAUGGAAAGACGAGAUGAUGCUCAACAACGAGUUUGAAGUCCGUCUCCGACUCCCCGGUGGCGCGGGCGACGGCACGAAUCGCGAUGCCUACGUUACGGACCUCGACGUUGAGACUCUCAAACGCGCAGAAGGUGUCCUGAAUGCUUCUGAUGAAGAACGUGGCCCUUGGUUGAAUGGUCCCCUGUCUCAUAUUAUGGGCCAGCCGGCUAUGUUGUUGCCAGAAUUGUGUCAGUCGCAUGAUGACGAGCUUUCGCUCAAUGAAUUAAUGGCUUGA